AUGAAGGUAUUCACCGUCACCCGAUGCUUACUGCUGACAUUAUUGCUAGUAUUGGCAACCACGGCAAAUAAAUCAAAACAUGCGGUACGUCGUUCCGCAUUUGAUGCAAAAAAGUUGGUGUACACUGGUCCUGAAUCACGUGUGAAAGUAAAUAGUGAUUGUAGCCCCAUACCAUCGAUGACGGCCCUCACUGCGUGUGCCUGGCUGAAGGCCAAUGCGAUGGGGGAGAAGACAACGAUAAUGUCGUAUGCUGUUGCCGGGCAGCCGAAUGAAUUGAAAUUCUAUAUAUCAGCUACCCUCAGGGUGUACACGUACGUCAGUGGUGAAUGGAGGUAUGAUAACAUCCAGAGUGAUGGUUGGCAAGACAACGAAUGGAUGCAUCUAUGCUAUGGGUGGGAUAACUCGGGAGUCUUGAAGGGUUACUUGAACGGCGUUCUAGUUAAAGACAGUACUGGUUUGAGCGAUGGCGUGACAGUGACCGGUGGUGGCGUUAUGUAUCUUGGACAAGAACAAGACACGUUAGGCGGAGGAUUUGACAACGACGAAGCGCUGGUAGGUGAAUUGACGAGCUUCAACCUCUGGAGUAGAAGAUUGAGUGAUGCUGAGAUAGCUGAUGUUUACGACACAUGUAGUGUUAUAGACGACAGUUUGAUGCCCGAUGUAUUCACGUGGGAUGUCUAUCACCUUGACAUUGAACCAACUGACGUAUCCGUUGAAUAUUUAGAUGCUGGCGAACCUUGUUAGAAAUGACGAUAUGCUGGCAUACGCUCCUCUCCAAGUAGUAUAGCUUAAACAUCAUUCCACGGAAUUCUCAAGGAGGCUUCGUAUUACAAACACAAUCUAACACCAAUGGAUUAUACUUAAUAAUAAACGAUUAGACAUCAAUAA